AUGGCAUCACAGUCAAAGCUGAGUGCUCUCGAAUUGUGAAAGACGACACAGAAGUUGCAGUUCGUAGCUUUCGUGUUUUUUUUUUUUGAGUCUUGACAAACACUAUUAUGGUGUUAUUAUUAUAAAGAUUAUUUCUUUGCCAACAAAUAACUGAAAUCUGAAAGACUGAAACUUUUAAGUGAGUCCAAUUUCCCAAUUUGAAGAGGGAGACACAGAGAUGGAUUUGCUUCCGGCAGAGACCUCAAAGAUAGUGAAGAAGAAACAUGGGUUCAGGUCAUUGAAGCUGGUGAACGUAGACAUGGACCAAGUGCUUGGGGAGCAACCUGUUGGAGUUGACUAUGGCAGGCUUGACAAUGGUCUAUGUUACUAUGUUCGUUGUAAUUCUAAGCCCAGAAUGAGAGCAGCGCUCGCUCUUGCUGUCAAAGUCGGAUCAGUUUUGGAAGAGGAGAACGAACGAGGAGUUGCUCACAUAGUUGAGCAUCUUGCUUUCAGCGCAACUGAGAAAUACACAAAUCAUGAUAUAAUCAGAUUUCUUGAGAGUAUUGGGGCAGAAUUUGGCGCUUGUCAGAAUGCAGUGACAUCUGCCGAUGACACUGUUUACGAGUUGUUUGUUCCUGUUGAUAAGCAUGAACUGUUAUCUCAGGCCAUUUCAGUCUUGGCUGAAUUCAGUUCUGAGGUUCGUGUCUCAAAAGAUGAUCUAGAAAGAGAAAGAGGUGCGGUUAUGGAAGAAUACAGAGGGAACCGGAAUGCUACAGGAAGGAUGCAGGAUGCACAUUGGAUUCUGAUGAUGGAAGGUUCACAGUAUGCUGACCGCUUACCGAUUGGAUUAGAAAAGGUGAUUCGAACUGUUUCUUCUGAGACUGUGAAGCAAUUCUAUAGUAAGUGGUACCAUUUAAGCAACAUGGCAGUGAUAGCUGUUGGAGAUUUCUCUGAUACCCAGAGUGUAGUUGAGUUGAUAAAGAAUCAUUUCGGACAUAAAAUUUCAUCACCUGAGCUGCCUCUUAUACCAAGAUAUACAGUUCCAUCUCAUGAAGAGCCACGUUUUUCAUGUUUUGUUGAAUCUGAAGCUACUGGGUCUGCAGUAAUUAUUAGCUAUAAGAUGGCAGCUGGUGAGCUGAAUACAGUGAGGGACUAUAGGGAUUUGCUGGCAGAGUCCAUGUUCCUUUAUGCCCUAAACCAGAGGUUCUUUAAGAUAGCUCGUAGGAAGGACCCCCCCUAUUUCUCAUGCUCGGCUUCCGCAGAUGUUCUUGUUAAUCCAUUGAAGGCUUAUAUAAUGACUUCAUCCUGUAAAGAAAAAGGGACUAUUGAGGCCCUAGAAUCAAUGCUGACUGAGGUUGCAAGGGUACAAUUACAUGGGUUUUCAGAACGAGAAGUGUCUAUUGUUCGAGCUUUACUGAUGUCAGAGAUUGAAUCUGCCUAUUUGGAGCGUGAUCAAAUGCAAUCAACUAGCUUGCGAGAUGAAUAUUUACAACAUUUUCUCCGCAAUGAACCUGUUAUUGGGAUUGAAUAUGAAGCUCAACUCCAGAAGACUCUUCUACCUCAGAUAACCACAGCAGAGAUAUCCAAAUAUGCAGUAAAGUUACAAACAUCAUGCAGCUGUGUCAUUAAGACAAUUGAGCCACGAGCUUCUGCAACAAUAGGUGAUCUAAAAAAUGUUGUAUCAAUGAUCAAUGAUCUUGAGGAAAAAAGAAUCAUUUCUCCUUGGGAUGAUGAACAGAUUCCAGAGGAAAUUGUUAAUUCAAAACCUAAUCCUGGGAAUAUAGUGCAGGAGUUGGAAUAUUCAAAAAUUGGAGUUACUGAGUUAGUUCUAUCAAAUGGCAUGAGAGUUUGCUAUAAGUGUACAAACUUCCUUGAUGACCAGGUUAUCUUUACAGGGUUCUCAUAUGGGGGUUUAUCCGAACUUCCUGAAAGCGAGUACUUUUCUUGCUCAAUGGGACCAACCAUUGCAGGAGAAAUUGGUGUAUAUGGUUAUAGACCUUCAGUUCUUAUGGAUAUGCUUGCUGGUAAGAGAGCAGAAGUCAGCACAAAACUUGGAGCAUAUAUGAGAACCUUUUCUGGUGAUUGUUCACCCUCAGACUUGGAAACUGCUUUGCAGCUUGUCUAUCAACUAUUUACGACAAAUGUAACACCAGGAGAAGAAGAUGUCAAAAUAGUGAUGCAAAUGGCAGAAGAAGUGGUCCGUGCUCAAGACAGGGAUCCUUACACUGCAUUUGCAAACCGUGUGAAGGAGCUCAACUAUGGAAACUCCUAUUUCUUUAGACCUAUUAGAAUAAGUGAUCUUCGGAAAGUUGAUCCAUUGAAAGCCUGUGAAUAUUUCAACAAAUGUUUCAAGGAUCCAUCAACUUUCUCCAUUGUUAUUGUUGGGAACAUUGAUCCCUCUAUAGCACUUCCUCUUAUUUUGCAGUAUUUGGGUGGAAUACCAAACCCCCCUGAACCUGUCCUGCAAUAUAAUCGUGAUGAUCUCAAGGGACUACCAUUCACUUUUCCUAAAACCAGAAUAAGAGAAGUUGUUCACAGCCCAAUGGUUGAAGAACAAUGUUCUGUCCAGCUGUGUUUCCCUGUGGAACUGAACAAUGGAACCAUGGUAGAAGAUAUUCACGUUAUUGGGUUCCUGAGCAAACUUCUUGAAACAAAAAUCAUGCAGGUUCUCCGGUUCAAACAUGGACAGAUCUACACUGUAGGUGUUUCUGUAUUUCUUGGCGGUAAUAAGCCUUCCAGAACUGCAAAUGUUCGUGGUGAUAUAAGCAUAAACUUUUCUUGUGAUCCAGAAAUCUCCUCAAAGCUGGUCGAUCUUACUUUGGAUGAAAUUUCACGUCUUCAAGAGGAAGGGCCGUCAGACGAGGAUGUCUCAACCAUCCUUGAAAUUGAGCAAAGAGCCCAUGAAAAUGGGCUUCAAGAGAAUUACUACUGGUUGGACAGGAUUUUGCACAGCUACCAGUCAAGGGUCUACUCAGGUGAUGUUGGCACUUGUUUUGAGAUUCAAGAAGAAGGCCGGUCCAAAGUCAGACAAUCUUUGACACCAGUAACCGCACAGUUGGCAUUACAAAAGAUACUGCCUUUUCCUUGCAAAAAACAGUACACUGUAGUGAUCUUGAUGCCUCGUACAUCUCACUUUAAGUCACUAAGAUCAUUCUUUCAAUCUACUGAAACCAGUUACGGAAGACAUGCAAAGAUUUUGGCUGGCAUUGCUGGUCUCACAGUUUUGGCUCUUAGCUUGUGGAGGUAUUCAAGAAGACCCUAAAAUCGUAGGUGACAUUGACAUAACAGAGCUCUAGAUACAUGAAAAGCGCCAAGGUUCCGGUAAUAAGUUUAGGACGGUUCUUUUUUUCAAUGCUCAAUGAUUUGAGGGGUACAUAUAAGCUCAAUAAUAGCUGAAUUUCUGUAGAACCAGAAUUUAUAGAGAGGGUAAGAUAUUAAGAUGGAAGCAAAUACAAAUUUAUUUGGCCCCAUUCGAGGCUUGUAACAUGAAUGUGUAUUUCUCCUUUGUAGCUCCAUAACAUUUAUUUAGUAAUACUAUCUAUCCAGUAAUAUAUUUUCGGGGGUAGACAUUUCGGUUUAUAAACACUAGCCUCUCGACCUGCGGCCACGCCCGUGUCAAUAGGCUUUUUGUAUUUUUUAUUUUAUACACCCUAUAUAGAGAAUUUUUGUUGGAUA